AUUUUGACAGCUUUCUGCACCACCGUUUAGAGCACGAAGUAGCAUAUAUUUUGUUCAAUUUACUGCGAUAAAAUGGUUGGUUGGAGCCGCUUGUUGUCUCCGGCGGCACAAUUCGUCAAGUACCGCACUGUGCUACAACAACCUGCCUGUCGCAAUGCCUUACAGCAACAACUGCGCCGGAUGGGGGGCGAUCAUGGACAUCACCACAUGACGAUCAAACCCUCACGCUUUCAGUGGGAUAAAUUUAAGGAUUUGAUGCACUUUUACGUAAUGCUGGGCGUAAUUCCCAUUACAGCGCUGGUGGUACUCACAAAUAUAUUCGUUGGACCCGCGCAGCUUGCAGAGAUACCGGAGGGCUAUGAGCCGAAGCAUUGGGAAUAUGAAAGGCACCCGAUUUCUCGGUUUAUUGCCCGUUAUAUGUUUAGUUCGCAGCAGCAGGAUUACGAGAAGGCCUUGCACUUUAUGUAUGAGGAAAACGAGAAGGCGCAAAUACGAAAACUCGAGGAGGAGAUUCGCCGUAAAAUGUCCGAGCGUAACGACUACCAAGCAUACUAUUACCGACCAAUAAUGGCCAAGUAUCAUAGAAUAUCCAAAGAGGCUGCCGAUGAGUUGGAGGCACUGCAUGGUGAUUAAUUUAUUCCCAAUUGUAAAGGAUCGCCGCCUUCAGGGCAUUGUUUUCAGAUUUAGAAAAAGUAUGCACUGUUAGCCCUAAUCUGGGAAAUAAAGCGUGAAAUAUAA